AUGGGCCGCGGAGCCCGAGCGGCGGCUGCGCAGUCCGGCGGGGGCAGGGCGUCGGGGCCUCGGUCCCGGGGCGCUGGCAGCUCACCUGCGCCGAGCGAGGAUCCGCGCUGCGCCCGGUCGGCGCUCAGCCCGCGGCCAUGGCUGCGCAGAGCUCAGGUAAGGAUCCCGGGGACUCGGGGCGCGCUCCUCCAUCAACAGGCGGAACCUUCCCCGAAGCCCACCGCGACGCUCGCUUACUCCUCCCAAAGCGAAGUUCAGAAAACAGGGGUUGCAGGACUGGUUGAGGAAAAGGUCCGCAGAGCGCGCCCGGCGCAGGCUGGGUCCGCCCAGUCCAAAGGGGGCACCAAAGCCCGGAAAGUCAGAAACAUGGACCCUUGGGUGAAAGAAAAAUCCCAAAGCUGCCCUGACUGCGCUCAAGCAGCCUGCUCCUUCCGAGCUGGUCCGGCGCUCCUCGCCCUGCACCGCGCCCCGACCGCUCUCAAGGCCUCGGAAGCCACCCCUCCUGCCCAGGCUGCACCCACUCCCCAUCCAGAAGCACAGCCCGAUGAAGCUGUCCCCGCCCACGAGGACCCGGUGGGCACAGGGAAGGAGGACACGGGACCCCCUGGCCCAUCUCCACGGAAGUCCUGGCUGGCACGGCACUUCUCGCUGCUUCUGCGCAGGGACCGGCAGGCCCAGAAGGCAGGACAGCUGUUCUCAGGGCUCCUGGCCCUGAACCUGGUGUUCCUGGGCGGGGCCUUCAUCUGCAGCAUGAUCUUCAACAACGUGGCUGUCACUCUGGGUGACGUGUGGAUCCUGCUGGCCGUGCUCAAGGCCCUGUCUCUCCUCUGGCUUAUCUACUAUGCCAUGGGCACUGCGCGAAGGCCCCACGCGGUGCUGUACCGCGACCCUCACGCGGGACCCAUUUGGGUGCGGGGCUCCCUGGCACUCUUCGGCAGCUGUACCAUCUGUCUGAACGCGUUCCGCAUGGGCUACGACGUGAGCCACAGCCACUGCAAGUCAGACGUGGAGCUCAUCUUCCCUGCCGUGGAGAUGGUCUUCAUGGGCGUUCAGACCUGGGUGCUCUGGAAACACUGUAAGGAUUGUGUUCAGGUACAGACCAACUUCACUAGGUGUGGCCUCAUGCUGACCCUGGCCACAAACCUGUUGCUGUGGGUUUUGGCGGUGACCAAUGACUCCAUGCACCGUGAGAUUGAGGCAGAGCUCAACGCCCUCCUGGAGAAGUUCUCAGGCAAAGAGACCAACACCUGCCUGUGCCUCAAUGCCACAGUGUGCGAGGUCUUCCGGAAGGGCUACCUAAUGCUCUACCCCUUCAGCACCGAGCACUGCCUCAUCUGCUGUGCCGUGCUCUUCGUCAUGUGGAAGAACGUGGGCCGCCGCCUGCCAGCCCACUCGGGUGCCCACCCCAACAGACCACACUUCCGCCUGCACGGAGCCAUCUUUGGGCCACUGCUGGGCUUGCUGGCGCUGGUGGCCGGCGUGUGUGUCUUUGUGCUCUUCCAGAUCGAGGCAAGUGGCCCUGAGAUUGCCCGCCAAUACUUCACCCUCUAUUAUGCCUUCUAUGUGGCCACGCUGCCCACCAUGAGCCUGGCAUGCCUGGCGGGCACGGCCAUCCAUGGGCUGGAGGAGCGGGAACUGGACACGGUCAAGAAUCCCACCCGCAGCCUGGACGUGGUGCUGCUGAUGGGUGCCGCGCUGGGCCAGAUGGGCAUCGCCUACUUCUCCAUUGUGGCCAUCGUGGCUACCCACCCGCAGGAGCUGCUCAACCAGCUCAUCCUGGCCUACUCGCUGCUGCUUAUCCUGCAGCACAUAACCCAGAACCUCUUCAUCAUCGAAGGCCUGCACCGGCGCCCGCUCUGGGAGCCCGUGCCCGAGGAAGUGGUGGGGAAGCUGGAGGCUGAGCUGCAUCGCAGAGGCUCCCUGAUGGAGCUGGGCCAGGACCUGCGGAGGGCCUCCAGGGCCUACAUCCACUCCUACAGCCACCUCAACUGGAAGCGGCGGAUGCUCAAGGAGAUUUCUCUCUUCCUCAUCCUCUGUAAUAUCACACUGUGGAUGAUGCCUGCAUUUGGCAUACACCCAGAGUUUGAGAACGGACUGGAAAAGGAUUUCUACGGCUACCGGACGUGGUUCACCAUCGUCAACUUCGGGCUGCCUCUGGGAGUUUUCUACCGCAUGCACUCUGUCGGGGGGCUGGUGGAGGUCUACCUGGGGGCCUGAGGCUUCCCGGGAAGCCCAGCCUGAGCAGAGUCCCGCAGUACCAAGGGAGAGAAGCCUGGGACAUCGAGGCAGACACAUCAUCCCAAGGUCCAGAGACCCGCUCAGCACUCCCAGAGGCCCUUCCUCAAGCUGGUCAGAAGGAAAAGAACUGCCUGCAGCUCAAGGCCCAAGGCAGGACCCAGACCCAGAGCUUCAGACACCCACAGCUGGGCCUGGGCACAUGGCUGCCACGUUCUUCAUGGUGACAAUCUGCACAGCACAGGGUGCAUCCCAGGAGACGGGUGAUGGGCCCUGCCACGACUCUCUGGGAGGGCUGAUCUGGAAUCCUGGAGUCUGCCUCCUGCUGUAGAGGGAACACAUGGUCCCAGCUUGGCCCAGGACAUCCUGGAGGCUCGGAGCUUGGCAGGCAGCCCCGCUCCUCUCUCCACACACUGUCUCUUAAUGAGCUCAUUAAUUA